UUAGGAUAUAUCGGAUAUGUGGUUCUUUCCUACGUCAUUCUGAACAGCAUGAAGUAAAAUGUAUAUAAGGAUUUUUGUUUUGGGUUUGCAAGCCAAGCAAGUGACAUGACAUGAAUAUCGCACAUACAUCAUUACGAAGUCUUCCAGGAGUGGCCGUACCGUUGUGACAUCGUUACCACUGUGUGAGAGGUUCAUACUACAUUUGAUAGACCAUGUCAACUGAAAAUCUAAUCCACAGGGAGAGGGGAUUAACCAUUCCGUCCACUGCUGUGUUCAUUGCUGGUGAUGUUGCAGGUACUGGGAUACUGGCUCUUCCCAAGGCUGUUGAUAAUAUAGGAUGGGUUGGACUGAUAUUGAUGUUGGUGUUCGCGGGUCUGUCGACAUACACAGGUGCGCUCUUAGGAGAAGCUUGGACUAUGGCCGCUUCCAUGUUUGAUGACUGUAAAGGACAUGUACAGAAUCCCUAUCAGCUACUCGGAGAGAAGACCUACGGAAAAAUCGGCAGAUACGCUGUGUCCGUAAGCCUACACGUGUCCAUGUUUGGAACAGCUAUUGUGUUUCUCCUCCUGUCCGCAGACAACAUAGAAAUGUUAUUCAGAGCUCUGGGGCACGACAUCUCUUUCUGUUUCUGGUUAGUGAUCAUCGCCGGAUGUUUGGUUCCUCUAACCUGGUUCGGAACGCCAAAAGAUUUCUGGUUGAUUGGCUAUGGGGCCACAGUAGCCACGGCGUUAGCAGCGGUCAUCAUAGUGAUUAGUAUUGGCCUUGAUUCACCCAAUCAGCCGACCGUUCACCACCAAACUGUUGACUUUCAGAAUACUGUGUUAGCUUUUGGAACCCUUGUGUUUACAUUUGGAGGCCAUUCUUGUUUUCUUACUUUCCAAAUGGACAUGAAGAGAGAAAAGGAUUUCAAAAUGGCUGUCAUUUGUGGAUAUGUUGUUGUGUUACUGAUGUAUUUGCCCGUGACGUCGGUCGGAUACUUUGUGUACGGGGUGGACCUGCAGCACAAUGUGAUGAGUAACUUACCGACCGGACCUCUGUCCUACAUCGUAAUGGUCCUGGUCACCAUACAUCUACUGCUGGCCUUUAUCAUAAUCCUCAGUCCAACGAUCCAGGAGGUCGAACUGACACUAAACGUGCCUAUGGAAUUCACAUGGAAGAGAUGUGUUGUAAGACUCCUCAUAGUUGCAUGUAUAUUGUUCAUUGCUGAGACCAUACCAAAGUUUAGUACUCUAUUAUCUUUGAUGGGAGGAUCUUCAUUUACGAUGACUGAUUUCAUAUGUCCAAUAUUAUUACAUAUGAAAAUGUGUAAAAUGAAGACUGAAUACAAAAGUUCAUUAACACAUGACAAUAGUUUGGAAAUACAAGCAGCAUGGACUAAACCAAAGGAGUUACUACCACUAUGGAAGAAGUUACUUAACUACGUAAUCAUUGGAAUCGGGUUACUGGCUGGGUUGGCUACCUCGGUGUCUGCCAUUAUUAACAUCGUCAGUCCUGAUUCCUUUUCUAUGCCUUGUUACGUCAGUCUCGGUUCCGAUGCCCUCUGAUAUUAAAAGAAAUCGGUACAACAACAGGAACACAACACUGCCUAAAAGCAACUACAAUACUCAGCGACAACAGGAGAUGAAACAAAACUGUUCAAAGCGAAAACAAAAUGAAUUGACAGGAAGAAUUCUAAAAGACAGCAUUAUAUCGACUCAUCGGAAUGAUGCCUUGCAAUAAAAACAGCUAAGAUACACAUAUUCUUAGCAAAACAAACAAACGAUACACUAGAAUCUUUCCUAUGAAUGACAAUAAAACAUUCACUGAGACUACUUUCUAAAAUCGACGAGGCUUACUUCUGAUAUUGUUUUCUUCACCAACGUAAAACAAAUUUUGUCUUUUAUGCCAAAUAUAUACACACAUACGUAAGGUUAUAGUAAUUGUUAUGUAGAUUCUUUAACAUAACGUAAGCAUACAUGUAUGACAUAGAAUCAUCAAUUGGUUUCCAGAUUUUAUAUCUGAUUUAGUAUGUGUCAGAGUAGAUUAUAAAGAAACCAGCAGAUUCAGAAUAAUUGAAUUUCAGAUUUUAUGCCGCGGGUUAAAUAAUUGUGGACAGAGCCUUUUCUAUUUUGAAAAUAUGUUUUCAUUUAAUUUGAUGGACGUAAAUAUAAGUAUUCGUAUGCCCACAAAAUGUUCUGGAUAUGUAUAUGUUCUUUUGCCAUAUAGACAUCUUGAUACUCAAUGGAUGGCAGGAGAAAUAUUUCAGGAUAAUCAACGCGUCAGAACCUUAAAAAUAUAGUUCACAUUGAUGAACACUAAGAAGAGGUAUAGAUAUAUCUACAUAUUUUAGAUAUUGUAUCUUAGCAAUAAUAUGAUAUGUUAUUGCUGAAACUUCAGGGGAAAAUGAGUAAUUGAAUGGUAAUUUGUGUUCAUAAACGGAUGCAUGUUUAGGUUGAUCAUGACUUUGUAAAAAUUAAAUAGAUAAGAAUAUUAAAAAACACAUUA